AUGAAGCGAAUGCAAGAGGACACGGGAAGAAUGGCUCGUAAUCCAAUACCAUCAGCACCAGUAAAGGUUUCCGUGGCGAUUGAGGCGAAACCGGAGGAGGAGCGAGCUACCGGAGCAGACAACGCGGAAAUCAUGGAGGCAGUCCACGAGGAGGAGGAAAGUGAUGAGAUGCAGCCCUGGGAAGGAAAAUUGGAAGGUUGGAAGCGGAGCUUACGAAGGUUAGCCGUCGCAUGA